UAGAAUCUUAUAAAAUGAUGAUGAAGAUGGCGCUACUGUAAAUUAAUGUAUAUCAUACUAACCUAAACGAAAUAUUUAUUUACAUGAGUUUUGAUAUGUCUUUCAUUCUUUUUGGAGGUUAAGAUUAUUCAAAAAUAAUAAAAAUGUUAGAACCAAUUUUAGUUGAAGAUAUUACUUUCGCAAAAAUAGUGCCAUCGUUAGAAGGAAUAUUAAAAGAUUUAAAUAAAAACUCUAUUCAUCACGAUUAUAUUGUUGCUUUGAUAAUAAUUUUAUUAGCAGAGGCUGGUUUUUAUCCAUUAUCGAGAGAUAGUGAUCGUUCGCAAUGUUCAAACUUGAGGUCUCUCCGUAUACCAAAAAAUUGGAAAAUAGAAAGUACAGGGAUGUAUAACAUAUAUUUUCAAUUAGAAACUGUACCAAAUAUAAAAUGCAAAUUAUUUGUACUACCUUUAGGAGAUGAAUUAAUUGUAAGUUUUUAUCCUUUAUUGGAAGAAGGAGUUGCGAGAAAAGGUUACAGUAUGGUGGUACAAACUUUAAGAUACGUUAAUCCUUAUUCAAGUGAUCUUUCUGGACGAUAUUUUAAUCUAAAAGUAUUAUCUCACAGUUUUAAAAAUACAAUAUCUACACCAGCACGUUCAGAUAUAUUAAUCAAAGCUGGAGUGAUGGGUCCUAGUCUUCAAGCUAUUCCAAUCGAAUUAAAGUACAGAAUCUUAAAGUUGUUAGAUGCCUGUACUUUAACAAAAAUGGCACAGUGUUGUAAACAAUUUUGUGAACUCUGUUCAGAUCCACAAUUGUGGAAAUCCUUGAUACAAAGAGACUUUCCAAAUUUCAUAAAAACAAGUCACAAAAAAGAUAAAGACUAUUGUUAUCAGGACUAUAUAGUAGCACGCCGAUAUUCUUCUUUUGCGUCGAAACACAAAAAUUUCGAAAGUACAGAUUUAGAAGAUAUAUUUUUUUAAAUAUAUAUGAAUAUAUUGGUUUUUAAUGUAUUUUAUAGCUUAUAAUAAUAAUAUAAAAGAAUUAACAAAUUAAUUAAAAUUGUAAUGUCUUUAAUUUUGAUUUAAAAUAAACUAAACAGUUGUUUAUACAACUGUUUUAAUGUA